AUGGCGUGGCCGCCGACGGGAUGGCCGACGAGUGAACGUAGCGGCGCACCCCGCGCACCACACUGCCCGAUGGUACGCCGACGCACGCGACAGUUCGCCACGUUCGUAGCAGCGACUGCGCGGCUCGAUAGCGUAACGGGGUCGGGCAAGCUCGACUACAAGGGCACUGCCAAGUGGAUGCUGCGUCAGGACAUUGAGCUCGUUAUCGCAACGAGCCUUUGGGGCUGUUUGGAUACGAUCCUGGAGGUCAUGUGGCCGAAUGCGACGCGCGAAGAGCUACACACGCCGGUGUUUGGGAGUACGGCCUCCCUUUUUCUGGCGUUGUUUUCGAAGCGGAAGCGGUCACACAAAGUCGACUUUAGCGACCACUACUCGCUCAAGAAGAAGAUCUCGGGUCGCAACACGAUGGCGGCUCCAGGACAAGCGGCGAUGGCGAUGAGUGGCGUCGUCGUGCUCUCGCAGCUUGUGCACCCGGAGUUCAAGAGCAUCGCCCGUCGUGACGUGGUCGCGUGGAAGCGGGCGCGCCUCGAAUACGAGACCUCCAUGCGGCGCGAGUGUCAGCAAACCAACCGGAGUUACGCAGCGACGUGUGUUCCGGUCCGUGACUCGUUCACACCGGUGGGGUAUCUCGAGUUCCUGAUGAAGACCUCGUGGGACCUCUGGGACGACUACAACCUGCAGAACGUGCCCGAAGAGAAGCUUUGGGAACAAAUCAACGCCAUCAUCGACACGCGGGCCAACCAAGCGGUGCUCACGUACGACAAGAUCUUCACCUCGCUCGAGCUCGAUUACGGCGAAGAAGACGUUCGCGCGCGGGUCAGCAAUUUCCUUUUCAAGGCCGACCAAGCAAUUGAAGACAAUGGCCUCAGUGACAAGCUGCAGAACAGCAAGCUCAAGGCCAAUAUCUUCAAGGCGCUCAUUCAACGGCUCCGUCCUCAAGAGCUUGAGACGGACGUGAUGCAGCUGCUCGAAGAGAAGCUGGCUGUCAACAAUCAAGCUGGCCUUCAGCACCUUGAGAAGAUCAUCCUCAAGCGGGCAUUUUUUUACAAGUCGUGGAGCCCCAAGACGAAGCGUCUUCGUGACAAGGAGUCGUCCGGCGAAGACGAGAAACCGUCGCACAAGGAGCAGCAAGGUGUGCGCAAGAAGAAGAAGCGCAAGUUGAAGCAGAAGGACAACAAGCCGCCAGUGCGACAAGAACGCAAGAACGAUGGCACGGAACGUCCGUGCUGGCACUGCGGCAGCAAGAAGCACAAAUUGCGGGACUGCCCGAGUUCGAGCGCCAAGCAGAAGGCGAUUGCCGUCAAGAAGAACUGGAAGAGCAGUCGUCGUGGCGGAGGCGGCGACGGCAGCAAACAAGGCGGCAACGAGGGCAACGGGGCGCUUCUUUCGGGCAGCGAAGGCCACAUGGCUUUGACGCUCAACAGCGUCCUUGACGUACCGUGUGUGCCGGACAGCGGCUGCGGCCUGAACACCAUUCCCGCCACGAUGGCGGCGGCGCGGGGGCUCGUCUGGCUCUUCUGUCGUCGCCCUACGACGCUUGUGGCCGCGGGUGCGGCCCGUGACGACACGGUCGGUCAAAUCUUUCCAGGCGUCGCGGUCGGCGGCAAAGCUACGCAGUGUGUCAAGGUCCUCCAGCGACUGUGGCGGCGUCAGCGACUGGAGGUCGCGUCGCAAGGCCAUCACGAACUGUUGCGUCAAGCCGAGCGAGGCAGCCCCAACCGCACCGAGUGCAUCCGCAAGCUCUCCGCAGAAAUGAUCGUGUGGGUCAGCCUCCUUUGCCCGCCCAUGGGCACUGGGGCCGACAACAUUGAAAACACGGCCGUGGACGUGAACCUCAGCGUCCCUUCCGCGAUCCACGAUGAAGCUGAUCUCGCCACCGAAGGCUGCACCCGCGGCAAGAAGCGCUCGCAGGAUACCAGCGACGAGGCCCUGAAGAAGCUCAAGCACUCGUAG